AUGCUGAAGGUCAAGGUUAUGCCGAUCCUCCAGAAAUCCGUCGACGUCGGGAGCACCGCUAUCACCGUGGAGGUGCUGGACAAGAUCUUGGCCUCUGUGGAAAAGGAGGAGGACGCGUCAGAUUGCGAUUUGUGCAAGAAGGACGAGUAUCACAGGCCAAUGGAGCACUGGUGCCACUCGCUGUGCCGCGUGGAGAACUCGUACCUGCGCGGCCUGCUGGUCAGUCCUGACGCGUCCACGCAACUUCUCAAGUUCGCGGCCGCUAUCGUCAUGCUCACGCUGAAGACGAACUCUCUCAAGUCCACAACGAAGGGUCACAACGCCCGCGUUGGUCAUGUGAAAAAGUACCUCCCGUGGUACAUCUGCAAGGUGUGGCGCAAGCUGUACGGAAAGCGCGCAGCGUCCACGCCCAGCCCCGACGCACCACCACCCAAGCGACACAAGUCGCUUACGCCGUAG